AUGAAAACAACAACAUCACAUGAUGGAUUUAAAUGCAAUGCUCUUUGUCUUUUUCUUCCUAAUUUUGCUGGUAAAAUAAAACCAAUUAAAACAAGAAAAGAAUUUACAGAAAAAGUUGCGGCAACAAUGUCUAGGAAUGUUUCAUUGGAGAAUUUUGAAUGUGGCUCUUGGGCUUCUGCAGCUAUGUCUCAUGAGAUUGAUGGAGAUUCUAAUAACUCUUACUUUGAUCUUCCAUUGGAGUUAAUGAAAUAUAAUGCUGCUAUUGAAGUAGAUUCACAUUCACCUAUUGAUUGUUCUUCUGCAUCUUUUGGUUAUGAAAAAGAAAUUAAAGGGGUUUUGAAAUAUGGUUCAGCUAGAGGGAGUGUUAGAAAAUUGGAUGUGUCAACGCGACACAUUCGGUUUUCUUUAUCAUCUUCUUCUCCAUCAUACCUUGCAUCUCCAGCAUUUUGUAUUAGUCCUCGUUUGAAAAAAGCUAGAGAAGAUUUUAAUGCAUUCUUAGCAGCCGCACAAACUGCAUGA